AUGCAGAUUAGAUUGGUCAUCACGGCACUCAUCUCCCUCAGUAGCAGUCUUCCCUUCCAAGGCGUCACGCGUGACUUGUGGGCUUGUUCACAAGGCGGGAACGCAGGUGCCUAUUACACUUGCCCAGCCCCAGACUUCCAGCGCACCGCUACCACUGAAUGUGGAUACUUCAAGCCUGGGGGCUGGCGUCGCCCUUGUAGGAACUGGGGUCCAAACGCUGCAGAUCGUCCCAGAUCCAUUGGCCCAGAUGUCGGUGGCUCUUGUUUGUUCUAUAAGACGCUCGACUGUAGUGGUGAGCCGGUUGUACCGAUCGAAAGGCCAGCGAGCUCAAGAGGGAGAAGGCUUUAUUGUCCUGGUAUCAUGAAUACCCAGGGAGCAGAGUGGUUCGGGAGCAUGAUCUGUACUGUUCCGCUACAGAACUGGCAUCAUCCCGAUGAAUGA